AUGGAGGGACCCGUCAAGAAGGAACAGCGGGCGAUGGACUCCGGUGGCAUGAAGGAGAAGAAGGGAAAUGUGGAAGAGGAGGUGGGAGAAGAAGAGACAGAAGAGGAGGAGGUGGAAGACGAGGAGGAAAUCACCGUGGAAACUCUGCGGGGCAAACCCCGACCUCUGCCCAUCUCAGCGUUACCGGCUUUCAGCUACAUCCCGCCACGGCACCAGGGCCCCAAGGAGCGCAGCUACUUUGGUCGCGAGGGCCAGACAGGAAUCGUCUCCCUCUACGACUGUGUUUUUAAGAGGAGACUAGAUUAUAACCAGAAACUGCAUAGAGAUGACAGAGAACAUGCAAAGAACCUGGGGCUUCAUUUUAACGAGGAGGAACAGGAAAGGGUUGUGCCAGUGCUGAUGUCCUCUGCCUAUGGGAAACGCAUCAAUCAGCCCAUUGAGCCCCUAAACAGAGACUAUGGCCAUGUGAACCAUGUACAGACCGACUUCUACAGGAAGAAUGACAUCCCCAGCCUCAAGGAGCCCGGCUUUGGGCACAUCAAUCCAGCCUGA